AUGCAGCCAAGCGCAACUUUGCUGAGGAUGAAUGCAGGACUCGACAGCAGCCGGUCUAACGAUGAAACCCGUCCAAUUGGGCACGGCUUGCCAGUGACGUUGGUGAGAGAGUACAUGGUCAGUUUUGACAUGGAUCCCUCCAUGGAUCCUCGAAACAUGGACUACGCAAGGAAAUGUGUCAUUGUUGUGAUUGUUUCUCUCGGAUCUCUCUGCGUGACUUGCACGUCAGCUAUGUACACAAUGACGUACCGCCAACUGACAGAUGAGUUUGGCUGUUCGUCCUUGAUAGCCACUCUAGGGCUUACAACUUAUGUUUUUGGACUCGGAAUUGGUCCACUGUUCCUGGCCCCCUCUCAGAGGUUAUUGUACGGACGACGGAACAUCUACAUUAUAUCCUUCACCUUCUUCUUGAUAUGGCUUGUUCCGUGCGCGGUAGCCCGCAACAUUCAAACCAUGAUCAUAGCGCGGUUCUUUAAUGGCCUGUCUGGGAGCGCGUUUCUAAGUGUCGCCGGCGGCACAGUUGGUGACCUCUUCAACCGGCAGGAGCUCGCGGCGCCGAUGAUGUUCUACACUGCGAGCCCGUUUAUUGGUCCUGAGAUUGGUCCACUUGUGGGAGGCUUCAUCAAUACAUUCACCACAUGGCGCUGGACAUUUUACGUUCUCAUAAUAUGGACUGCUGCGAUUCUGGUACUUAUCUGUGUUUGCGUGCCAGAAACCUACCACCCAGUACUUUUGAACCGCAAGGAUGAUCAAUGGAAGGCCCCUACUGAGAAGUCCUACACCUCUGUCCUGCAAAUGGUCCGCUCUUCCGUAUACCGGCCGAUGCAACUGUUGGCAUUGGAACCGAUGUGCAUGAAUCUCUGCAUAUUCUCUGCCAUCUUGCUAGGCAUCCUGUAUCUCUUCUUCGGUGCCUUUCAGCUGGUCUUCUCCCAUGUCUAUGACUUCGGCCCCUGGCAAAUCGGCUGUUCGUUCCUGGGGAUCCUUGUCGGAAUGGUGUCAGCGAUCCUGACGGAUCCCCUGUGGCGCAGGAACUAUGCCCGUCUCGAACGGCAACAUCAAGAAGUUGUUGGGGAGAAGAACGAAUUCAUGCCAGAAUGGCGGCUACCCCCUGCAAUUGGUGGAGCUCCGCUUGUAACCAUUGGACUCUUUAUUUUUGCGUGGACAAUCUAUCCCCAUGUCCACUGGGUGGUGCCUAUUAUCGGGAGCGCGGUGUUUGGGGCGGGGACUGUCCUAGUCUACUCUGGGGCAUUUAAGUUCCUGGUGGACGCGUAUUCGACAUAUGCGGCGAGCGCUUUGGCUGCCAACAGUUUUGCACGUUCAACUUUUGCGGGGGCCUUUCCGCUGUUUGGCAUCCAAAUGUACGACCGACUCGGCUACCACUGGGCGACUUCGCUGCUGGCCUUUCUGACGCUGAUAAUGGCUCCCUUCCCAUAUAUAUUCUUCCGCUACGGCGGUCGGAUCCGGAAGAAGAGUCGGUUUGCAACAUCACACACCUGA